AUGCCAACUUUGGAUAUGAUUGAUACUCAGCUUCAGAACCAUGCUCUUUUAGAAAUUCAAGGCCUCUUGCUACAAAAUGGCCAGCCCCUACUAAACUUCAGUGGAAUGCCCACACCAGAUCCCCAACUUUUGAAGCAAUGUAGUGAUAAACUUAUAAGUCAAGAGUUAAACUUCAAUAGGGAGGAAUUACGAAAAGAUCAUGAGAUAUAUUUUCAAGGACUGAACAUUCAACAACGAGAUGUAUAUAAUGCCGUUAUUGACUCUGUAUACAACAGAAGUGGGGGACUAUACCUUUUGUAUGGUCAUGGAGGGACUGGUAAAACUUAUGUGUGGAAAUCAAUUUGCACAAAACUUCAUUCUGAAGGAAAAAUAGUCCUUCCAGUCCAAUCCUCUGGAAUAGAAUCAAUACUACUACCCCAUGGUAGAACUGCUCAUUCUCGAUUUAAAAUACCAAUCAUAUUGAAUGAACAUUCAACAUGUGGAAUUAAACAAGGAACUCCAGAGGCAAAUCUCAUUAAACAGACAGAUCUUAUUAUAUGGGAUGAGCCUCUAAUUAUGCACAAAUUUACAUUUGAAGCAGUUGACAGAAAGCUAAGAGAUAUUGUGGGAAUCCAAUGUUGA